AUGGGCGAUGUGAAGGAAGAAUCCGCGAUGAGUAAAGAUGCUAGACCCUCCUCUGUCAAAUUUCUGAUGCUAUCUUCUUCAAAUUACACCGUAUGGUCCAUGAGAAUGAAGAUAGCACUUAAAGUUUGUAAAGUUUGGGAAACAAUCGAUCCUGGAAACAAAUAUGAAGAGAAAAACAAUAUGGCUAUUGCGUUUCUGUUUCAGUCUAUACCCGAAGCAUUGAUCCUACAAUUAGGUGACAUAGACACGGCUAAGGGAGUAUGGGAUGCAAUAAAAACGCGUCAUGUUGGAGCUGAUAGAGUUAAAGAAGCUAGGUUACAAAACCUAAUGGCAGAAUUUGAUAGAUUAAAGAUGAAAGAUGGAGAUACAAUUGAUACUUUUGUUGGGAGACUAUCAGAGAUCUCGUCAAAAUCUGCUUCGUUGGGGGAGAUGAUAGAAGAACCUAAAUUGGUAAAGAAGUUUUUGAAGAGCUUACCAAGGAAGAAGUACAUUCAUAUAGUUGCUUCCCUUGAACAAGUUCUCGAUCUAAACACAACGACGUUUGAGGAUAUGGUUGGGAGAUUGAAAGCGUAUGAAGAAAGAAUUUGUGAGGAAGAAGAUGAGCAGUCUGAUGAACAAGGCAAACUAAUGUAUGCCAAUUCUGAAGGUCAACAAACUGGUUACGGUAACUCUAGUGGAGCUAGAGGAAGAGGACGAGGAGGACGUUCUGGCUGGAGAGGAAGAGGUCGCGGCAGGUAUGGGAACUUUCAUAGCCAAAGAGAUGCGUACAAGACAGGACAAGGACGUGAUCUCUCCCACAUCACAUGUUUCAACUGUGAUAAACAAGGGCACUACGCGUCUGAAUGUCCUGAUAAACAGGGACUUAAGCUUCAAGAGACAGUUGAAGCUAAAAUAGAGGAAACACAAGAGGCUGACGAGUUAAUGAUGCAUGAGGUUGUCUAUCUCAAUGAAAAGAAAGUCAAUCCAAGCGUGUUUGAUACUAACCUUGAUGCUAGGAACGUAUGGUAUCUAGAUAAUGGAGCUAGUAACCAUAUGAGCGGUAACAGGAUGUUCUUUGUUAAAAGUGCGGUUUGGAGAUGA